AUGGAGAGUCAAGAGAAACAGUUGGCUUGUCGCUCUCCAGAUCACAAAGCAGAAUCUUUGCAUGGCUAUUCUCACCUUGAUGUACCAAAUCAGAUCCAUCCUAUUGGAGUCUGUCCCUCUUCAAUCUUCCCUCCCCCUCCACAUCAGGUAUAUCCAUAUCUUCGACUAGGCCUGAGCCGCUUUGGCACUAUCAUUCGCAAACGAUGGUCCAGUGCGGUCCUGCACAGAAAGAUUUUCCGCCACACAAUCCCACAAUUGACCACUAGCUUGGGCGGCCAUGAAAGCUCCAACAUCCAGUUGACUCUGGAUCCUCUCUUGAAUUGGACCCUCCACCUACAGCUCCUGGUCCAAGUAGUCUAA